AAUGGCUUUUACUAAAGCAAUUAAAUAGUAAUGAGGAAAAAUUCGAAAUUGUAUAUUGUAGAUAUUUUAAACUUAUAUUUCAAUUUACUGCGUAUAAAACAUUUUGUUGACAUUUCUUAAUCUAAAUACGCGACAUUAUAAAUAUGUCAGACAGUAUGGAACGAGAUAAAACUGAACUGUUAACAGUCAAAGAAAGAGAGGAAGAGGAAGAAAUGAAACGAGAACUUUUAGAUAUGAAAAUGUAUGAGACAUGGUAUACUUACAAGGAUAUGAAACAAAUUUUAGGGUUUAUUAACGAAUCUAAGGAUAUGGCAAAUAUGGCUAAUGAUGAAAAAACUGCACAAAAGGAAUUAAUGCAAUCUUCUAGUGUCUGUACCCCAGAAAUGAUGCUCAAGACAAAUAUAACACAGGAACUGGAGAUACAAGAACAUAAUGAUACAUCUCAGUCAGUACAUUCAUAUAGACCCAAUCAUGCAUCACCAAUACAUGAAAGAAUAUCAACUCAUGGAUGUAGCAAUUCUGAUCUUGCAUCUGCCAUUAUUGAGUCCAGAAAUUCUGUAUAUAAAGGGAAAAAUUUGGAUAGUGAAGAUAUGUUUAUUAGAUUACAAGACAAUUCAAAUAUGAGAGAUAGUUAUUCUCAUAGCACGAGUAGAUAUAUUUCUUUAAAAUCAAAAAAUUCUUUACAAGAUUCAGAUAUUAUAAAUAGUACAGAGAUGAAGAUGGACACACAUCCUGAAUGCGAUAAAAAACCAGAUCAGUGGCAAAUUAAUCCACUAGAUUCAUAUGUUAGUGAAAAUGAUGUGCCUUUGCAAGAGCCAAAUCGGCCUCUAGUUCAAGAUCGCAUGCCAUUUAGAUUAUGCAAAGAUGCACAAACUCCUGAGACGCUUGAGAAACUACUACCUGCAUUAAAUUUUUAUUUGAAACAAACAGCAGAAUUAUGGCAUAGUUGGCACCGUACUACUGAUACUAAGUUCCAAUGGGGGUCACCCAUUCAGGUGGAUGUUGCUAACAAUAAUUUGGAUAAAAAGUUAUUAACAAAUAUUAGGAUUGAACAAAGUCAAAUGGAAUAUACAAAUAAACCUACUAAUGAACGACUUAAUAAACGUAAAUCAACUAAGAUUCUUUCUCUUUCUAAUACAAUACAUUCUAGCAGUGAUGAAGACGAAAGUAUUACUAAAAAAAAGAAAAUUCAAUCUCAUGAAGACACAAAUAAUGAGUUACAGUCAAAUAAAACAAUAUGUAAUGCUAAAUGCAGUGAGAAGAAUAAAAAUUUAAAACAUAAUAAUGUUAGCAAAUUCAUUAAUAAUAUGGAAAGUGAACACUUUAAAAUGGAAUGUAAAAAAGAAUCCAAAGAGUGUUUAUCACCUGAAUUAAUUCAUUUACAUCCAAAAAAAGUUAUAUCUCAAAACAUUAAAAGGAAUAAUAACAGAAAGGGAGAACACAUUAUUAAUAUGUCCCCCAGUAGCCUAUUAGCACAUAGUAGCAAUGAAAAACAAAGUGCCAUAAAUUUAAUAUCCAAAGAGAAAAAUAAUAGUCUUAGUGACGAAGAAAUUCUCAUAGAAUUGAAAAAAGAUAAUGAUAACGGUAAUGUUAAAGCAAUAAUUGAGCAUUCUGAAAUUAAACCAUUGCCAAUAACAGGUCUUUCACAUAGAAUAAAAAAUGAAUGUAUGAUUUUGGAGAAAAUUCAGUUAGAGAAGCAAAAAAAACUUGAAAUUGAAAGAGAAGAAGUCCAAAACAGAGAAACCAAUGAAAGAAAAAAAAGAGAAGAGUUUCAUAAAAAACAAACAGAUGAAAAACAAAAAAGAGAAAAACAAAAAGAAGAGGAAGAGAAGUAUAGAAAAGAAAAAAGUAAAAAAUGGAACACAAUUGUAGAUAUGAAGCUUCAUAAAAAAGCCAGCAAAGAAAAUAAAGGACAAUUUCAGAAUUUAAAUAGACAAAAUAAGAGUAAGGUGUCAAUAGAAGAUAAUAGGUCGUAUGAGGACAAUAUUACUUCUGUAGCUAAAAAUAUGGAAAUAAUAGAAAGUAAUCUUAUAAAUUGUCCUAUCUGUAAUAAAUCUUUUCCAAGUGACAAAAUAGAAGCACAUGCUGCUGGAUGCGAACAAUAUAUAUCUGAAAAUGAAUAUGAAAAUGAUUUGUAUUUAUUGGGAAGUAAAUCAUCACCAAUUAGUGAUAACAGUACUGAAGUUCUUGAAUGUGGUGUUUGUUCAAAGUAUAAAACGACUAAUGGAAUACAUUAUGAAGAACAUGUUAAUAAUUGUUUGCAAAAACAACACAAGGAAAAAUCAUUAAGUGGUAAAAUUACAACUAAUAAACAUAAACAUGAAAUUAUAUUUUCUGCAACUAUACCAGGAGGAAUUUAUACAGAUUUAAACAAGGCACAAAUCAUACCAGACAAUUUUAUUGGAAAAAAUGAUGUAACCAACCGAUGGGUUGGUAAUCAAUCAGUUAUAUAUAUUAAAAAUUUCUAUGUGAAUGAGACCCUAUUAAAUAUGCCUAAAGUGGUAUUAAUUUUUCAUGGCGUGGAUACAUUUGCUACAAUCUUUUUAAAUGCUAAAAAAGUUGGAGAAACAUCAAAUAUGUUUUUAAGAUAUACAUUUGAUGUGACAAAAUUUAUACAAAAAGGGGAGAAUUCAUUAGAGGUCCAACUUUCUUCUCCAGUUAAAGUUGCUGAAAUUUUAUAUAAUGAACAAGCAUCAAAAUAUAUUAUUCCUCCAAUAUGCAAUCCAGAUAAUUACAAUGGAGAAUGUCAUAUAAAUCAUAUAAGAAAAAUGCAAGCAAGUUUUGGUUGGGAUUGGGGUCCAGCUUUUCCAUCAAUGGGAAUAUGGAAAAGUGUAGAAAUAAUUCCUGUAAAUGAAAUUUAUAUCACAGAUAUUACAACAGAUAUCUAUAAAGGAGCAAAUUUUUGGAAUAUUGUAAUUACAGUAUUUCUUGAAACUGGCUUAAAGGAAAAUGAUCAAUUUAAAACUUGUCUUACUUCAUCUAUUCUUUAUAUUAAUGAACAAUCAACUAUAUAUAAUUCUAGUAAUGUUAAUUCAUAUAUAAAUGAUAAACAAAUAAAAAGUUCUAUAAUUCUCAAUGUACCUAUAGAUCUUGUACAUGAGUGGUGGCCAAAUGGUUAUGGCAAUCAAACUCUUUAUUCAUUAGUUAUAACUGCAGCUACCUCUACUGAUAUCAAGCAGAAAACAAUACGUAUCGGUUUCAGAACGGUAGAACUUAUACAAAAGCCUUUAAAACAAGGAUUAAGUUUUUAUUUUCAGAUAAAUAAUAUUCCAAUAUUUGCAAAAGGCAGUAACUUCAUUCCAGCUAGUAUCUUUCCUGAACUGAGUGCUAAGAUAGAUACAAUUAAACAUUUAUUAAUAUCUGCUAAAGAAGCAAAUAUGAAUAUGCUUAGAGUAUGGGGUGGUGGUCUUUAUGAAUCUGAAUUAUUUUACAAUAUGGCUGAUGAAUAUGGAAUCAUGAUUUGGCAGGAUUUCAUGUUUGCAUGUGGAAUGUAUCCUACUACAGAAGAAUUUCUUAAAUCAGUUAAGGAAGAGAUAAUACAAAAUAUACGAAGAUUAAAGAAUCACCCCAGUAUUGUAAUCUGGGCUGGAAAUAAUGAAAAUGAAGCAGCUUUAUAUGGAAAUUGGUAUGGAACUGGAACUAAACAAAUAUAUAGAACAGAUUACAUUAAACUUUAUGUAGACAUUAUCAAGAAAGUAGUAGAACAACAAGAUUCUACACGACCUUUUGUGGUAUCUAGUCCUAGCAAUGGAUUAUAUACAGAGAAAUAUAAUUACACUGGUAAAGAUCCAUAUUUAAAGUUAUUUGGAGAUGUUCAUUAUUAUAACUACAUUGAUAAUGGAUGGGAUAUGCAACAAUAUCCUUGUGUAAGAUUUUCAUCUGAAUAUGGAUUUCAAUCAUUACCUUCAAUUUAUACUAUGUUGCCAGUUGCAAGCACAGUCACUGACUUGGAUAUAGAUGGUACCUUCCUUGAACAUCGUCAACAUUUACCAUUAGGAACACUAUAUUUAAAAGUUCUUAUUUCAAAGAAUUUCAAAUUACCUGAAACACAAAAUAAACUAAAACGAUUCAAAAAUUAUAUAUACUUAAGCCAAAUUAAUCAAGCUGUCUCAGUAAAGAUACAAACAGAGUUCUACAGACAAUCAAUGUCAGAAUUAAAUGAAUUUGGGGAAGGAAUGACAAUGGGUGCAUUAUAUUGGCAGUUAAACGAUGUUUGGCAAGCUCCAUCUUGGUCUUCUAUUGACUUUAAUGGACGAUGGAAAAUGCUUCAUUAUUAUGCAGUAGAAUUCUUUGCACCUAUUAUAGUUACAUACUACAUUAAAAAUAUGGAACUUUUGAUUUAUAUUGUCUCUGAUAAAACAUACCCAAUGAAAAAUAUUACUUUAGAAGUGAAUCUUUAUACAUUAGAUAACAUGGAACCUAUUCAAUCACAUAUACAUCCUAAUAUAAUUAUUGAAGCUAAUACAGUAACUAAAAUUUAUGAUAAUUUACUCAAACAUUCAUGGAUUUUUAAUUCUACAAUACUUAAUGAAAACCAAUUUAACAUUACUAUUCAAAGUAAUUGUAUUACAACACUCACCUUGAAAAACGAAACUGGAAUUUUAAUAGCACCAAGAAAUUAUAUAUAUCCAAGUAAUGGUCUGAAAAGUAUGACAUUACCAGUUGCAAAUGUUUCUGUAAAAAUAAAUGAUUAUCAUUUACCUGGAAGAUUCUUUAAUUAUCCAGAUAUUGAACUUCAACUAACAACGAAUGAUAUAACACUCUUUGUAUGGUUAGAAGCUGCUAAUAUUUGCGGUCGUUUCUCAGAAAAUGGUUUCCAUAUGUUUGAAAAAGAAAAAACAAUUAUUUUCUUUACAUGUGAAGUUAUUACCCCAGAAAUAUUGAAAAAGGCUUUAAAAAUUACUACACUUUCUGAAAUGUAUUAA